AUGGUAAGUUACAAAAGCAAAAGCAAAACUUAUGGGAACAAUCAACUAACUUUUAGUUUCUCUUAUUUACUUUUAGAGUGCCUGUCUAGUCCGGACAACUCGCUGAAUGGCAGUCGCAAUUCGGAGAUACCCGCUGAUCCGUCGGUUCGUCGCUAUCGAACUGCAUUUACACGCGAUCAGCUGGGACGUCUCGAGAAGGAGUUCUACAAGGAGAACUAUGUGUCGCGUCCGCGUCGCUGCGAGCUGGCCGCACAAUUGAAUCUGCCCGAGUCGACCAUCAAGGUGUGGUUCCAGAAUCGCCGCAUGAAGGACAAGCGUCAGCGCAUCGCCGUCGCCUGGCCCUACGCUGCCGUCUACUCCGAUCCCGCUUUCGCCGCUUCCAUUCUGCAAGCAGCCGCCAAUAGCGUGGGCAUGCCCUAUCCUCCCUACGCCGCCGCCGCCGCCGCUGCCGCCAAUCCCAUGCUGGCCACCGGCAUGCCCACAAUGCCAGUGCCCGGACAUGCUGCCUACGGCCAGUACCGCUAUGCGCCCUAUCACAUUCCCGCUCGCCCAGCGCCACCCGCACCACACAUGCAUCCACAUGCGCAUCAUCAACACUCCGCCGCCGCCAUGCAGGCUGCAGUUAUGAACGCCGCCGCUCCCAUGGCCGCCUAUCCCGCUGCCAUGUUGGGCGCCGCUGCCGCCGGCAUGCCGCCCAGCUAUGCUGUGCCCAAGACGCAUACGCCACCGCUGGAUCUGCAAUCCUCCUCCUCACCGCACUCGCACUCCAGCACGCUCUCGCUCAGUCCCGUCGGCUCCGAUCACACCAAGGUCUUCGAUCGCAGCCUCAGCCCACUGCGCACCACUGCACACAACAACACCACCAGCAGUCCUCUGCCCGCACCUGGUCUGCUCAUGCCCAGCGCCAAGCGUCCCGCCUCCGCCAUGUCGCCACCACCCGCCACACAGAUCACAGAGCCCAAGCCAAAGCUCUUCAAGCCAUACAAGACUGAGGCGUAACCCGCUUGAUCACACCCCCCUUAAAGAAAUUGUACAAAUUAGCCUAAGCCUGUUUUGUUAAU